AGCUGCGGCUGGUGUGACGGAGUUUUCGCAAACGGCGGACCACAUGACCUCGGUGGGCAGCAGCGGGUCUUCGUGAGUAACAGUAAAGUGUGCGUGUCCGUGUCCGUGUGUGGAUCCUACAGGAGUGCGGUGGUUAACAGCCAUUAGAAGCGAGUGGUCUCCUGCAGAACAGCAUCGGACCAGGCGACGUUCGGGAGCUGGACACUGGAGGAAGAAAACUGAAGUCUUCUGUCUCAAUGGUCAUCUCGACUUGGGAGUGAGACCCCUAUAAAACUAAGUAAUCCCAGGUUGCUACAGAAGAGAGCUUUGAGCUUCCAAAAAGAAUUCUCUAUUGACGAAAAAGACGACCCAGCCAAAAUCACCAAGGAUAUAGAUGUUAGUCUCUUGGCCAAUCUCCCCAAAGUCUCUGAAUUGAGGAAACGAUUUGAAGGCAUUACCACAAGCUCAAGUGACUGGGAAAUGAACAGGAAGGAGCGUAUUGCUCGGCGGUUGGAGGGCAUAGAGGGUGAGGUCCAUCCGUCCCUGCUGCCUAGCUUGGUGGCCAACCGGCUUUUAGAGGAGGACACACCAAGAUACACCAGGGCCAAUGACCCCUUUGAACCCUGUGGUGUUACAGUUCAGCGAUAUGGCGUGGAGGGAUUUGAAAGCCCGGAGAUGCAGCUGCCGUCUCCGGAGCGACAGUCCAGAGCUCGAUGUCGGCCUGACCCUCAGGCCUCCAUCCACACAGAGCCGAUUUUCAGUUCAGGCUCCACCACCAGUGGUCACGAGCUGGAGUCGAAGGCUGAACGCAUCGCCCGUUAUAAAGCAGAACGACGCCGGCAACUGGCUGAACGCUACGGUAUCUCCUUGGAUCAGGAGCCCGACUUGGAACAUCCCUCCCGCUACACUCGCACCCGGAAGGAGUCAGAAGGCUCAGAGAGGAGAAACCGAGGGGAGUGUGAGGGGGAAGAGGGGAGAGAUAUCACCCUGACCUCUUACACCGGCACCUCUGCCACCAGCCCAAGGCCUGGACGCACAGCGCCACAUCACAGCCACACUGAGCCAAGCUAUGAGAUGGGUCGAACCAGGGUGGACUCUUUCACAGAGAGGGAGAGGCUGAUGAACCUGGAAAAUCAACGGAGGGCUCCUCCCCCUGAGCCGCCAUCCUCCUCAUACAUGGAUGUGACACCAUUAUCCUCAGCUGCCAGGGUGCCCACCAGGGACUAUGCAGUCACAGGAAUGCCUCCCAGUUCACCCAAGCUGAACAGGCACCCUUCCCUCUCCUCACCUAAACAUGGUGCGUCUCCUGGAGACCUGUUCAUCGAGCAGCAGGCCCACAACAUCCUCAGCAGACAGGGAAUCAGAGUUAGGGAGAGGCUUGCCAGGGACGAGGGCCGCCAGAGGAGCCCAGAGCUGGGAAAUCUCACAGAGGCCCCAGUGCACCGCAGACAAUAUCAGCACCCGACCUCCACAUGCUACCACACAGAUCACCCAGGCCUCCAUCAUACACAGGCUCAGCUCACCCGAACUGGGCACCAGGAAGUUGUUGGAUACCCAAGUUACCUCUCCAUGGCCUCUGGCCCCACGUCCAGAGGCGGCCAGCAGCAGCAGGCUCCGGAGGAAGAGACUGAGGAGACAGAGGACGUGAAGACAGAGGGCCUCUUGAAAAGUAGGAAAGCAGUUCUGCCCUCAGAGAUCCGCCGCAGGGAGAGGAGCACUGAGGACCCACGGAGAGGUAGAGGGGAGGAGAACCUGGGCAUGUCCAAGGUGCAGAGCCUCAGCCAUGCAAGGGAGGCUGAGGCAGAGGUUCCAAGAGACAGACAACGAGGCAGAGGCAGGCUGGAUGAUAUUGAGCACCUUUCCCGUCUGCAUGCAGGCGAGAGCAGGUCCAGAGAGAGGGAAAGUUCCUUUCAUACCCACAAAGCGGCGCCCGCAACCCACAUCCAGCCCAGAGUGGCACAUGCAGCCCCAGGAAGCUCCAGCACAGCCGUGAGCAACCCGGUAUCAGAGGCUGGAGAUUCCCAAGGGCCCAGUCAAAGGUACCCGCAGCACCAGAACCACGACCUCCGAGAGGUCAAGCAGGGUGAAGGUUUCAGUAAUGGAGAGGGCCUCCAAGACACGCGUGUGUCUGUGGCCCAGCUCAUGCAUUCCUACAUGGAAAGCACCACCACUCCUCCCACCGGCCGCAGAAAUGAGCCUGAGGUUGAGGGGGACAGGGCGCUCUCAGGAUACGAGGCCCCAUGGAGAGGGGAAAGGGACAGGGGGCGCAGGCCCCGGCAGUAUAUCGAUCCUGGGGAGAGUAGAAAGACCUCAGAGAGGUUUAGGACGCAGCCCAUCACUUCUGCUGAGCGCCAGGAGACUGAUAGGUCCUGUGUGGGUUCAGAUCUUGUUUCCUCUGAAGUGAAACCAGAUGGAGCUGGUGGUGAUAAUAAUGGAGCCGAUGAAGAGAAACUCGAUGAAAGAGCCAAGCUGAGCGUAGCGGCCAAACGCACUCUCUUCAGGGAACUGGAGAAGAGCAUCGAUGGCGGAGCUCCUAAGCCUCGAUCCAGGAAUGCUGCUGUGGACAGGAGACUGAGACGGACACAAGACCGAUCCAGAACUCAGCCCGUCACCACUGAGGAAGUCGUCAUUGCUGCUACCGUCCCCUCUCAUAUGCCUCAAACGCUGACUGUUCACACCGCUGUAGCUCGCAUCCCUAGCCCCACCCUUGUUUGCAGCUCUAUCCCACCAUACAGCCUGCAGGCGUCCUCGCAGCAGAGCACUGCUGCCCGGGAGCAGGCAAGGGAGGCGCGGCUGGUGCAGGAGUCCUGUGUGUCCAAGCCUGUGUCCACGAUGGAGGGAAACGCCCCGAGUCACGGCCAGGAGGAGCCCGACCUCUGCACCCUCAGCCUGGCAGAAAAGAUGGCACUGUUCAACCGGCUGGCUCAGCCUCCGACCAGGGUUACCCGCACCAGAGGGGACACGCGUCAGCGCAGGGCCAACGCGCGCUACCAGACGCAACCCAUCACAAUGGGAGAUAUGGAGCAGGAGUCCUCAGACGUAGACAUGAGGGACGAACAGGAACUGUGCGACAGCCCAGUAGAGCAUCUACAAAUUCAGAACGGUACAGGCUCUCAGGCAGAUCACCUCCCCUCUUCCUCCUCCUCUGCUCUGAGAGCAGGAAGCACCGUGUCCACAGACCACGCCGGAGACAUCCACAUAACCAGAGCACCAGCCUGUCUCCAAAACCACCCACCCAGCUCCGACAGGUCCCUGCCCCCUCACCCUGCGGACGGCCCGGCCCUGCACCCUCAGGACUCCGGGGACCACCAGAAGCACCGGAACCUGCCCCAGGGAGACGUCAGGGUAGACCUGGGCGGAGGGAAAAGGAAGUUGCCCUCUCCUGAACGAGGGGUCAGGCAGUUGGCUCUGCCCCAGCCUGGAAGAGAGAGAAGGAGGGAGGAAGAGCAGGAGGUGGAGCAGCGGCUGACCAGAGCGAGGGCAGAGGGAGCUGUGCAGAGCUCAGAGAGCCACAUGCUCCUGGAGAGGCAGGAGCAGAGGGGAUAUCUCAGGGAGGACGGACACUACCCUGAGGGCCAGAGGAGCAGAACCGUCAGUGAAGAUCGGCUGGAGUCGACUGUGGUCACAUCCAGAGCAGCGUCAGAUUCCCUCAGGACGGCGUGUCAGCCUCCAGCUGCAGAUACACACACAGACGACAUCGAGUUUCUGCCCGAGGACGAACUGAGCCACAUGAUGUCAGCCAGACACAUGUCCAUCAGAGAGAGAGUUGCCUUGCUGAAGAAGAGCGGUGAGGAUGACUGGAGGAACAGGAUCAAUAAGAAGCAGGAACUGGCGAAGGUGGCCGUGGGCGAGCAGCAGGCUCAGCUCUGGGAGUUGGAGCAGAGCUUCAAGAAGAAGGACGAUGAAGCGCUGAUGAUGAUGGAUGAGCUUGCUGUGUCCGACCAGCUGUGGAGAAUAGCCGAAGCUGAGAUGGAGUGCCAGAGCAUCGAGUCUCACAUGUCCAUCAACGAGAGGAAACAGCUGAUAGUGGCCCAAGAGGAGGCCUGGAAGAGCAAAGGCCACGGAGCGGCCAAUGACUCCACCCAGUUCACCGUGGCUGCACGCAUGGUGAAGAAAGGGUUGGCCUCCCCCUCUGCCCUCCAGUCUCCAGCAUCGUCCAAACCUAAGAACAGCAGCCCUGCUAUCUCCAAACCACAGGAAGAGAUCAAGGCCGUACCCGAUCUGAACCUGGAGUCAGACAGGAAGCUGGAUAAGCUGGAGUCAUUCCUGGGCAAGCUCAACAGUAAAGUGUCUGGCCUGCCAGAAGCUACCAUCUCAGUGACAGAGAAGAAGGUGAAGGAAGUGAUGAACCUCGAGGAUGAAACAUUCUCCAAGUUCUACCGCCAUGUGGAGGAGCUCCCCUCCAUCACCAACAAGGUGGAGAUAGACGACGACUUUGAUGCCAUCUUUGGUCCGCAGGUGCCAAAACUGACCUCUGAGAUGGUGCAGCACAAGCGAGCGGUGCGCCCGACGCGUAACGUCCAGUCUUCUCGGAACCCGCUGAAGAUUCUGGCUGCUCGGGAGGACAUCCGACACGAGUACACGGAGCAGAGGCUCAACGUGGGCCUGCUGGAGAGCAAGAGGAUGAAGGCUGAGAAGAUGAAUAAAAACUCUGGUUUCUCUGAAGUGGCUCUGGCUGGUCUCGCCAGCAAGGAGAACUUCAGCAACAUCAACCUGCGCAGUGUCAACAUCUCCGAGCAGAUGUCCAACAACAGCGCUGUGCCCUACAAGAAGCUCAUGCUGCUGCAGGUCAAAGGGCGAAGACACGUCCAGACCAGGCUGGUGGAGCCCAGAGUGUCCUCCCUGAACAGCGGGGACUGUUUCCUGCUCAUCACGCCGCACCACUGCUUCAUCUGGACCGGAGAGUUUGCCAAUGUCAUCGAGAGGAACAAGGCUGCAGAGUUGGCCAACUUCAUCCAGAGCAAGAGAGAUUUGGGUUGUCGUGCCAACCACGUGCAGUUCAUCGAGGAGGGUCCCAUCACUCACAGCCACGCUGCCAGGGAGUUCUGGAAGAUUCUGGGAGGACAAUCAAGUUAUCAGUCUGCAGGAACACCAGAUGAAGAUGAGUUGUAUGAGGGCGCCAUCGUGGAGACAAACUGUAUUUACCGCCUGAUGGACGACAAACUGGUCCCAGACGAUGAUUUUUGGGCCAAGAUGCCUCGAUGUUCCCUGCUCGAACCCAAGGAGGUUUUGGUGUUUGACUUUGGCAGUGAGAUGUACAUAUGGCACGGGAAGGAAGUGACGCUUGCACAGAGGAAGGUGGCGUUCCAGCUGGCCAAGCACCUGUGGAACGGCACCUUUGACUUCACAAACUGUGACAUCAACCCGCUGGACCCAGGAGAGUGCAACCCACUCAUACCCAAGAAAGGUCAGGGCCGACCUGACUGGGCAGUGUUCGGCAGACUGACUCAACACAACGAAACUACUCUGUUCAAAGAAAAGUUUGUGGACUGGAGCGACUCCAGGAAAACACCCAGCCCCACAAGAAACACCAACAACCACGUCCCUGAGCAGAAGGUUCCAAAAGAGCCGUCCGCCACCGAUCAUCGCCGCGCGUAUGACGCCUCCCUGAUGCUGCACCCCCAUGAGGCGCCGGUCUGCUCCAAGCUGGAUGGCUUCAAUGUUGGCCGGGGCUACGGCCUAGUGGAGGCCGAGGAGUGGCGGAGCUACAAGAUCAGCACUCAAGCGGUGGAGGUGUGGCACAUCCUGGAGUUCGACUACAGCCGUCUGCCGCGCCAGAGCAUCGGCCAGUUCCAUGAGGGCGACACCUACGUGGUGAAGUGGAAGUACAUGGUCAGCACUGCAGUUGGGAAGAGACAGAACCCAGAUCAGGUGAAGACGGCGGGACAGGGCAAAGAGAAGUGCUGCUACUUCUUCUGGCAGGGCCGCAACUCCACCGUCAGCGAGAAAGGAACGUCAGCACUGAUGACGGUGGAGCUGGAUGAAGAGCGAGGAGCACAGGUUCAAGUCCAGCAGGGGAAGGAGCCUCCAUGUUUCCUCCAGUGUUUUAAAGGAGGGAUGGUUGUUCACUCAGGGAAGAGAGAAGAGGAGGAGGAAAACUUGCAGAAUGACUGGCGCCUCUAUUGCGUGAGGGGAGAGGUGGAGGUGGAGGGCCACCUGCUGGAGGUGGCCUCUCACUGCAGCAGCCUGCGCUCCAGAGUCUGCAUGGUGCUGCUGAGCGUCAGCCAAGCCGUCAUCUACCUGUGGCACGGCUGCAAGUCUCAGACACACACACGGGAGGUGGCGCGCACCGCAGCCAACAGAAUCAAAGAACAUUGUCCUCUGGAAGCAGGCCUCCACAGCAGCAGCAAGGUGACCAUCAGAGAGUGCGACGAGGGAGCAGAGCCCACAGGAUUCUGGGAAGCCCUCGGGAGGAGGGACAGGAAAGCGUACGACUGCAUGCUGCAAGACCCUGGCAGGUUUAACUUCACGCCGCGUCUCUACCAGCUGAGCAGCAGCUCAGGGGAGUUUGUAGCCGUGGAGUUCCUCUACCCUGCCAGAGACCCCAAACAGGUCAACUCCAUGCCCUUCCUACAGGAGGACCUUUAUGCAGCUUCCCAGCCAGCCCUGUUCCUGGUGGACAACCACCAUGAGGUGUAUCUGUGGCAGGGCUGGUGGCCUCAGGACAGUGAAAGCACCGGCUCAGCCCAGAUCCGCUGGGACUCGGACAGGAAGUGUGCCAUGGAGACUGUCCUGCAGUACUCUAGAGAAAAGAAUGAGAAGAAGCCUCCCAAAGCGUAUCUGAUCCAUGCUGGUCUGGAGCCGCUCACCUUCACCAACAUGUUCCCCAGCUGGGAGCACAGAGAGGACAUCGCUGAGAUCACUGAGAGGGAGGCAGAGGUGUGUAACCAGAUUAUCCUGGUGGAGGACGUGUUGGCCAGGCUGUGUAAAACCACCUACCCCCUGGCAGACCUUCUGGCCCGGCCGCUGCCUGAGGGAGUCGACCCUCUUCGCCUGGAGGUCUACCUGUCUGAGGAGGACUUUGAGGGUGUAGGGGCUUAUGGGAAGAAAGGCUUGGAGAUGACCAGAGAGGAGUAUGGGAGUUUGCCCGUCUGGAAACAGGUGAAUUUGAAGAAAGCCAAAGGACUUUUCUAAAUCGCUGAAAUAGAGGAGGUGGAAGACGUCACAAAAACCACCGAGAUGUUGUUUCGUCUCUUUUAUUUGUUUACGCCUGUGCACAACCGAGGCUCGGGGGGAAGCUCCUAACAGGAGGCUUGAAGAUGGAGGAGAGGAGUCAGAAAGUCGUGCAGCAGAUUUCCCCUCUCAUCUGCUUUUUGUCUUGUUUUCUGUUUGUCAAAUGUAGGCAGAUGCACGUAUGAGUGAAUGCGUUCAUAGAUUUUGUUUAGAUUUAUACUUUGUUAAUGUUUGUACAUAUGUACAAUACGCAGGACAACCAGUGCCCUUACAUUAUCAGCGAUGCAGCCAUGUGUUGGAGUGGGAGCAGGUCUGUCAACCUGUUCCGCACACGUCACAUCACCCUCUGUAUGUAUGUUAAUGCAUUACAAAUUAUUUAUAUUUAUAUCAAAUCUAUAAAGGAUUUUUAAAACCCUCAUGAAUAUUUACUGAACUAAAGUGAUAAAGUGUAUAAUGAAUGUGCUGGGGAGGUUUGUGUCAUAUGUUAAUAAAUACUGGAUAUUAGAUUAAACUUGCUGUACAGUUCACCGUUUGCCAUUUACAGAUCCAAUGAUGCAGCUUUAAUUGGACGCAUUUAGUGUCAUUAUUGUCUCAUUAUAGUAAAAAGGAUACAGGCUUGAUUUCAGGCAGAGAAAGUGAUGAAAUGCAUUUGAUUUUAAAAUCUGACAGUGUAUAGUGCCUUGCUUUGUGUACAGUUUAUAUACAGAUCAUAGUCUGCAUUUUGAAGACUCUUUGUGAUAUAAAGAUCUAUUAGAGAAAUAAACCCUGGAUGUUGGAUA